UUCUUACCAGGUAAAAAUCUCUAUGUUGUUCUUUUUCACAUUUCUUAUUUUGUUUGCUCUCUUUGAACGCUCCGGACCUCGCCAAGACAAAGUAUCCCUUAUUUGCUUUCACUAUCUUUUUUUUUUCCUUCAUUAAUUAGCUUUCCAUUGAGAAAUUAUCUAGGAGAAACCAGCUGCAUCCUCUCGGUAGUUUUUCUCCUCUUUUCAGUCAAGCAAAGGAUUUGCAUUUUUGCCCAAAGAGAAAGGAGGUAAUCCUUGUUAAUCCUCCGUGCUGCUCUUUCUUGAGAAAACUUCUAUCAGAAUUGUUUUUCAAUCUGCUUUUUUUAUGGGAUUUAUGUUGUUUUCUGAUGGUUUUCUCUUUGUUUGUCCUAUUUCUUAUCCAGCUCAAGAGGGCUCUUCUUUAUCCUGUUUUACUCCUCCUCUUCCUGUUACCAACCCUCUCUAUCUUUGUUAUCCUCAUAUAAGUUUCUUUUAAACUAUAGUAUGGUUCGCUGUAAUCUGGUCUUUAUGGCUACGGAGGAACGAAGUGGUCUUCGCCAAAAAAACUGACUCACAAAGCCAGAUGAUUGGCAUGGUUGGGAAUGGACACAGGACUUUAAGUCGCGCUAUUAAAAUGAUUCUUCCCCCAAAUAAUAUACAAACAUCCUCAUUUCUCAGAGUUUCAGGGGCUGGUUUGUCAAUUGCAGUUCAUGUUAACAAUCAAUGGCACAUUGUAAGGAUCUCUGCUGGUUUCUUCGAGAACUUCAAUGCUCGUACUACAGCAGGAAGGACAGUGGGAAUGGAUAUCUUCCAAUUUUAUAAUUUACUAGCUCCUCACAUGAAACGUAAUUCGCGUUUCACCCUCAUAGUUGACAAUGAGGGAUCUACUUCGGAUCGCAUCAGGGUAAGGUAUCAAGCUGGCCGUAUGUAUACCAUACAGUCCAUAGAGACUGUGGGUAUACCUAAUGGUGCAGAUCAGGGAAUCAAUGUGCUUGAACUUGAGGCCACUGAUCAUAGAUACAUAAAUUUUAGUAGCAGCAGGGUGCUUCACAGGUUCUUUAAAAAGUGUUAUCGUGAGAUGAAAUUGCAACCACAACUGCGAGCUGGUCCUAGUGAUGAAUUACGUUUGAGAGUUACUCAUCAAGAGAUAAGAGCGGAAGCACUUGGACUCGUUCAAACAUAUUCUUCAUUGGCUGGUCAUUACAACAUGCAUGAUCCUGCAAGUGACGUGGAUGUGGUGGGUGAUGAUGAUGAGAUUAUUGUGCAGUUCCCUCAAGCCAUUGGUUGGUUUAUGCUGCCUGCACGACGUGCAGAAUCCAUACGGGUGCACUUUGGUUUAGUCAGACCACUUGAGUUUCGAUUUGCUAACUGUAGUGUUUAUUUUAUAUGAUUAUUACGAGAUUGAUAAAAAGAAAAAAAAAAAUUGGUUAUUACUUUGAUGGAUUAAUGUGUACAAGGAAUGCUGGUUCUUUUGCUUUAUCACUAUUAUAUGAUAAUGUGCAUACUAAUUAGUUAUAUGUCCCUAUUUGUAAAAUUAAAAAAGUAUUUUAUAA